AUGGCUUCCUUUUGGUUUAUUCAGUUCAGGGCCUUCCUCUGGAAGGUUUUCCUGCAGCGUUGGAGGGCACCGGUGUCGACUCUUGCCGAGCUGCUGCUGCCUUGCGUUUUUACGCUUCUUCUGGCCUUGGGCUACUGGUUUUCCACGACAACGAAGGUACCCGUUACAGAUUAUUCUGGAACACAACCGAUGGAUAUGUCGUCGUUGCUUCCGGCCUUUUUCUGUCAAAACAUGUCAAGCCCACGUCCGUUUGGCCGCAGGUUACACGUAGGUCCAUGCGGACCGGCAGGGCCAAGUACCAUGUGUUUCCCUUUUGUGCGGGAUGGGGCUCUCUGCGUGCGCGACCGUGGGACUUUUUCUAAGGUUAUGUUUGGUGUGUACUAUGCCUCAGGCCCUAUUAAGGUCCCUACCCUGGAUGCCUAUCUUGCACUGUCUGCAUUCGUGUCGCACGAAUCGCGGAGAACGGGUUCCACGUUUUUCAGCCGCUCGGCACAGGCGAGUUUGUCACAUUAUGGAGACCUUCUGGUGGCUGGGAAAGACGGGGACACAUCCUUUGCCUCGGGGUUUGUCAAAUAUUGCAGCGAUGUCAGCGCUCUUUGUGCCGAGGUGGUGCAUAAGGAUCGUGUUUUCCCAACGUUAGCCGAAGCGGAGAAGUUUGCCCUGAAGCAUGACGACAGGGUCUGGGCCAUUGUGGAGUUGCCUACUCCCCUUCCAGGAUCGCCAGCAGCGGCAGGGGUGGAAGGAACCAUAUUCUCCAUUAGCAUGAACUAUACCGCCACCCCAUGGACGUUUGAAUCAAAAAUGCAGUUUUUCAAGGGGUUGGGCGAUAACGACUAUAUGUUGUACGUGGCAAGCGGAUUUAUGACGCUGCAGAAUGUUGUACAGCAAUUCUACGCGCGUUAUCGACUUGACAAGGCGCCCCCGCCACCUCCAUCUGGAGCCAAUGCCACAGGCAUUUUUGAAUUUGUUAACCUUCAAGGACCACCGCUGAUACCCAUGCCAGCUCCGCCAUAUGUCGACAACAGUUUUUACUCUCGCUGGGCAUACUUCAUGCCGCUUGUGGCGAUGCUUGCUGCUCUCUUCCCAGUGACGAAGCUUGUGAGUUGGAUCGUUGAGGAGAAGUCACUCAGAAUUCGAGAAGCCAUGCAAAUUAUGGGACUUCGCUGGUCAUGUAUGGCACUUGGGUGGUUUAUCUCUGCAUUCUUGAUGGAUUUUGUUGCCUCGCUUCUCGCCGCCAUGGUUUUCCGGCUCAGUUUUUUUAGUUACGUGAACUUUGGCGUGCUAUUCUUUCUCUAUUUCAGUUUUAUGCAGCAGAACACCGCCCUGAGCUUGUUUUUGAGCUCUUUAUUCACCAAUCCUCGGAUUGCGGGGGCAGUUGGGGCUUUGUGCAUUUUCCUUUGCAGUAUGCCGUACUACUCAUUUCCUGAUGGUAUGAGCAUGCUGCGGCUCGUGACGAUGAGUUUCGUUCCAUGUGUCGCCUACGCCAAAGCCUUCGAUGAGCUUGCCAAGUAUGCCUCCUUUGGCUACAAAUUCACGUGGAAGAAUACACGGGUUGGUGACUACAACGUUGCCAUGGCGAUUGGACUGAUGUGGGCAUCCUCAGGCAUUAUGUGGAUUUUUUGGAUUUAUUUGGAUCAAGUGUUGCCGUCUUCGAUUGGUCGUCGCAGACAUCCCUUGUUUUUCCUUUCGUGGGUUCGCAAGUUGUUUCCCUGCUGCUUCUGCUGCUGUGACCGCGAAGGUUCUGAAAUUAGCGAAAAAGACUUACAAAACACGAGGAAAUUCUCUAAUGGACUUGCGUCUGCUUCUGUAGGGACACUUCCGCCGCAUGACGGGAAGCCCGUCGACGAGGAGGUAAACUCCCAUGCGGUGGUAUUUCGUAAACUUCACAAGGUGUAUGAAACCGGGGGCAUUAUUGGAUGGCUGUACCUUUUUCUUACGGGGCUGCGCCGUGAUGGGGAUCGCCGUGAGGCAGUACGCGAUGUUUCUUUUAAUAUGGAUUUUGGGAAGAUAAAUGCACUGCUCGGCCCCAACGGUUCCGGCAAAACAACUCUGAUGGGUAUUGCCACUGGCAUGGUGACACCCACGAGUGGUGACGUUUACAUAUGCGGCCACAAUGCGGCAUAUAAACUGCACAAGUGCCGAGAGCAUAUUGGGUACUGCCCACAGUCGGAUAUUGUGUGGAAUCGACUGACAGUGGAGGAGCAUCUCACUUUCUAUGCCCGCAUGAAAGUUAGUGGGGGAUGGGACGUACGGGAACAAGUGGACGCUAUCGUCGCCAGCAUGCAAUUAGAGGAAAAGCGUCAUUGCAUUGCAAAAAGUCUAUCUUCUGGUCAGAGGAGGCGCUUGUGCGUUGGCAUAGCCCUAAUUGGGAAACCUGAUCUCCUUUUCUUGGACGAACCAACAGCCGGGAUGGACAUGCGAGGCAGAAAGGCGGUGUAUGACGCGCUCCAGAAGGGCCGUGACACCCGUGCGGUCAUGGUUUCAACCCACCUGCUGGAUGAGGCAGAUCGUAUUGGGGACAAGAUCCUCCUCAUGCAUGAGGGCGCUCUGUGUGGUGCGGGGUCAUCCUUGUUUUUGAAGUCUAAGAUGGACGUUGGGUACGUUGUGACAUGCGUGGUGGAGAGCUGUUCCUCUGAGAUGGAGGAGAAUAUUUGCAUCAGCCGUCUCACGGAAUUUGUACGUGAAAAGUCAUACCCCGGGCAUUCCCGUAACAUGUCUACAGAGCUGCAUUCCAUUUCCACAAAAUGCAAGCUGCUGGGUAUCGAGCGCCGUGGCCGCGAGAUAUCAUUUCGUUUUCCACUAUCUUUGCUCUCGGCUUCAGGAAGCGCCAUCAUCCGUGCCCUGGAGGAGGAGCGGGAGGCACUUUGCCUGCGCAGCAUUGGCUUGAGUCUGACGACACUGCAGGAUGUUAUGGAGUAUCUGACAAAAAGGCAACCAUCAACGAUGGCUACGGCGCCCUCAAAUGAGCCACUAACUGAUAAAGCGACGGAGCAUGGAAUUUCCAUCCAGAUAGAGGGUAUGGGCUCGAACCAAGGGUCUUGUUUCGGUACGGCCGUUGGCUGCGAGAUGAAUAGAGACAACAGCAGCAUGUCGCUUCUGAAUGAGACCCGCAAUUUGCAUGAUGAGAGUGAGUACUACAAUCCGCAUAGGCAGUCAUUGGCCAGACACUUUGCCGUACUUUUUAUGAAACGUGUACACUGCGCCAAGAGAGACCUUCGUCUCGUCGUGUUUCAGAUUCUCUUACCUGUGGUCUUCCUCAGUCUUGCCCUUUUGACAGACCUUAUGAGUCCACCGAAGCAGCCGGCACUCACCCUUGACGCGUCACUGUAUCCAGGUUACGACACCCAGCCGUAUUCAGAGGUCAUGUGGACAGUCUCAUCUAAAUUUCCAGACGUAUUUGAUGUGGAGAGAAGUAAUAUGUCUACUGCUUUUGGACCGUAUUACACGCCUAUCAGGGCCAAAUGCGAUGUGGAAAAUUGCAGUCAGCCACUCUCUGCUGAGCUGAUCCCUGAUAUAAGGACACAUCCAGCUACCCGUUAUAUCGCACUUGCCCUUACAAGCGCACAGGGAAAAAAAGGCACACCGACUUCUAUUCUUAUGCACAACGUCUCCGCCCGUCACUCAGCGCCUCAGUCCCUUAAUGCACUUUAUAAUGUCGUCAAUCACCAGUUGUUUGGUCAAGGCUCAAUGACAACUGCGCGGAAUGUGCCUAUGCACGUGGGACCAUUUGAACAGAAAAUGGUAAGUGCAUUCCGGCGUGUUAUAUUUGGGAUCUUUAUCCUUUUGCCCUUCACAUUUAUCCCAAGUAACACUGUCAGUUUUAUGGUAAGGGAGCGUCAAAGCGGUUCUCGACACCUUCAGUGGCUUGCGGGUGCAAAUGUUGUUGCAUUCUGGCUGAGUUCCAUGCUAUUUGACUUCUGCUGCUACCUUGUGACCGAGGCGCUUGCGAUGAUCAUCUUUGUCAUAUUCAAGCGAACGGAAUUUAUUGGUGAGCCUAAAACAGUGGUGGCAUCCUUGACACUCUUUACGGUGUUUGGAAUCAGUUCCGUUCCAUUCAGCUACGUUGUCAGCUUUUUUUUCAGUUCCCCUUUUGUCGCCCAGGGCGUUGUUCUUAUCGCAAACUUUGUUCUUGGAUUCUUGUGGGUCAUGGGAGAGCAGAUUAUUGGCGGGAUCAAAGAGCUGGAAACUUUUGUGACGCGCACGACACACGUCCUGCGUGUCAUCCCGUCCGUUUCUUUUGGUGAAGGUAUAUUCACCUUGUCAGGUGUGGAGCUGGCGAAUAUGAUGUUUCCUGAACGAAAGCGACCAAAUCUCUUUGACAAACUUGAGUUUGUUGAAGGCAAGUUCAGGGGCGGCAUUGGAACGGCUCUCAUUUACAUGUCAUGCACCCUUGUCGUCUCCCUCUUGUUACUGGCCCUGCUUGAGUACGCACGCAUACAGCGUGUCAAGUGGUUUUUUACCCGGAUGUCAUGCAGUAAGAGGAAGAACAAGAAGUCGUCGAAUCAAAACGCUGACGCGCCACCGUCUGCGCCUUGCAUUUGCCAUCAGCGUGAGGCGAAUAUGAAUAUUGAUGCUUCCGUCGCACGGGAGGAGGAGGAGGUUUGCCGCAACGAGACAGGCCGCAUUGAGGAUUGUAUCACACUUCAGCACAUCACAAAGAAAUAUGGCGGUACCCACCGGCCUGCUCUUGACGACCUCUCGCUCGGUGUCCACAAGGGCGAAAUUAUGGCCUUGCUGGGUCUCAACGGCGCCGGCAAGACUACGGCGGUCGGUAUUUUGGCUGGUGAGGUGGUCCCGACUUCGGGUUCAGCGUACAUUAAUCAUCUUUCUGUUCUCCGCUCCGCCUCGCGCAGCUAUGUCGGUUACUGUCCACAGAAGGACGCUCUUAUUGACCACUUGUCGCCGGGCGAACACCUGAGGCUCUACGCAGGUCUGCGUGGUGCCACUGACAAAUAUAUCCGUAAAGAGAUUCCCAAACUACUCGAUGCGCUGGGCCUCACGUCACAGAAGAACACCCCGGCGUACUCGUUGAGCGUUGGAAACAAGAGACGUCUCUCACUUGCCGUGGCCCUGGUUGGUGGUACCACGAGUGUGCUGCUCGACGAGCCUACUGCUGGCAUGGACGCCACCGCCCGCCGGCAAACGUGUGCUGUGGUCAGACGACUAACGCGGGCAAAAUCUGUUAUUCUCACAACGCACCUGCUCGAUGAAACGGAGGCUCUUGCAGACCGUGUUGCCUUUAUCUCAAAAGGGAAGCUGCGAUGUGUUGGGACGCCACAGGAGUUGAGAACACAUUACACGAACGACUCCGUUUACACCGUGCGCGUGGUGUUCGCUGAUGGUUGUGGGGCCAUUGAUGCCACCGGCGACGUCAUGAAACGCCUACGUGAGUUAUUCCGGACCUCCUCUUCGACGGAGGGGGAAGAAUGCGUCUUGGAGGGCGUCGUCGGUCGCACUGUGACCCUGUUGGUGCAGCAGAGCCUUUCGCAAAUUUGCAGCGUUGCAAGUGAAAUCCGUGAAGGAGGAUUGGAGGGGCUUCCACCGGUGGUUCAAGUGAGCGCGACGCAGGCGACGCUGGAGGACAUUCUGCUGAGCAUCUGA